AUGUUAAUACAACCCGGCGCGGGCAUUUUCUGCUACUGCUGCUGCGGGCUCCUCCGUCCGAGACAGAUGUUGCGAAACCAAGGCCUCCUCAAGUGCCGCUGCCGCAUGCUCUUCAAUGACCUGAAGGUCUUCCUCCUGCGGAGACCCCCCGCACCGCCGCCGCCCUCCCCGCCGCCGCCGCUCCCCAUGCCCGGCGGCGCAGAGGCGGCGGCGGGGGCCGCACCGCCCGGGGGGCGCGGGCCCGGCUGGCGGGCGGCGGCGGCGGCGGGAGGCGGCGGAGCGGGCAGCCCGGCCGCCGAGGAGUGGGGCAGCCCCGCCGGGGAGCCGCCCGCCUCCCUGCCCAGCAGCACCUCCUCGGAUGACUUCGGCAAGGGCAAGGCCGAGGACCGCUACUCGCUGGGCAGCAGCGUCGACAGCGGCAUCCGCACCCCGCUCUGCAGGAUCUGCUUCCAGGGGCCCGAGCAGGGGGAGUUGCUGAGCCCAUGUCGAUGCGAUGGAUCGGUGAAGUGCACACACCAGCCAUGUCUGAUCAAGUGGAUUAGUGAGAGAGGCUGCUGGAGCUGUGAGCUGUGUUACUACAAGUAUCAUGUCAUUGCCAUAAGCACAAAGAACCCUCUGCAGUGGCAGGCCAUCUCUCUGACAGUCAUUGAGAAGGUUCAGAUAGCAGCGGCCAUCCUGGGUUCCCUCUUCCUCAUCGCCAGUAUCUCGUGGCUCAUCUGGUCGACUUUCAGUCCUUCGGCCAAAUGGCAGCGCCAGGACCUGCUCUUCCAGAUCUGCUAUGGAAUGUAUGGCUUCAUGGACAUUGUCUGUAUAGGUCUAAUAAUUCACGAAGGGCCCUCGGUUUACCGGAUUUUUAAACGGUGGCAGGCGGUCAAUCAGCAGUGGAAAGUGCUGAACUAUGACAAAACAAAGGACAUGGAGGAACAAAAAACAGGGACCAGGACAAAUCAGCGCCCCUCCUCCCAAACCACCCACUCGUCCUCCACUGGUGGUACAGCCACUAACUCCGCUCCAGCCGACAGCGGGGCACGGGCUGCUGGCCAUGCCACAGGCACCCUCUCUGACCACCACUGUGCUUAUACCAUCCUGCAUAUACUCAGCCACCUGAGGCCUCACGAACAGAGGAGUCAGUCUAGUAGUAACAGAGAGCUCGUCAUGAGGGUCACGACGGUCUGAGCCGAGGAAUUCAGGAGGCCUUAACACAAAGCAGAGGAGACAAAGAACUCAUAAAGCAGAGGAGCAUGGUGUGCCUUUUUCUUUCUCUUUUUUUCUUUCUUUUUUUUUCCCUUUUUUUUUUGUUCUUCCCCUCCUCUCCUUUCUUUCUCGGUAACUGCACAAGAUAUAAGAGGUGGCACCUGACCAGCUGAGGAAUAAAACAGGUGGAGGGAGAGCUGCACACUCAUGCUAGAGAGGCUCAUGUUUUCCAGC